UGACGUCAGGCCGCGCCGUGAUUGGCCGGCUCCGCUCUCCUCGAGUGUCACUCCUGGCUCGGUUUCGUCUCCGGCUCCUCCCGCCUCCUGCGGACGGUGACGUGACACCGACCAAUCAGCAGCGAGGACGGGAGCAGGCGGGCGUGUGCCGGAGCCGAUCGAUGCUGAGGAGGAGAGGAGGAAGAGGAAGAUGAGGAGCGGCAGGGUGGGGGAGGCCUAGACCAGCAGAGAGGCGCUGGCUGGAUCCCGGAGAGCAGGAGGAGCAGGUGGAGGAGCAUGGACAAGUGCCGACCCAAGAGGCCCACCACCCUCAACCUGGUGCCUCAGAUGCCACCGGCCGGAACACAGGACUCCAUCAACAACAACUCUCUGGGCAGGAAGGACAGCUGGAAGGCGUCGCGCUCUUCUUCUCCACAUAUCAAAGGGGAUCAGCAAGGAGGUCCAGACGGCAAAACUAAAGCCGAGGACAAAGUCCGAGCGCCGGCCCGGCGCCCGGCACCGAAGCCUCCCACCACCAAUGGAGCCAACAGCCGGUCGGGCUCUCAGGCUGAGGACCCUCGCACUCGGGCGCGGGACAAGCAGGCGCCCGGAGCCGCCCAGACCUUCAGCUCGCCGCGGAGUCAGCGGAGAGCGGCGGCAGCGGGGAGAGGACGAGGACGCGGGGAGGGGAAGGACGGCCCCAGCGCCGGCCGGGAGGAGCGGCGAGGCGGGCGCCUGUGCGAGGAGUCCCGAGCCAAGGUCACGCCGCUGAGGUCACGCCUGGCCGGCAGCAAGACAAAAGUGACGGCCAGAGCCGAGAACCCCAGGGGAACCAAGAUGUCUCAGCAGGAAGCGCUGCUGACGGCCAUGGUGGUUCCUCGGACGCCCGUCACCCCCCGGAAGAAGGACAGGAGCCGAGAGCAAGGUCAGAACCACGACAGGAAGAAAGACAAGGCUCCGCCCGCUCUGUCCCGCUCCAGCAGCGAAGGCGGCUCCAACAGGAUGUCCCUCAGCUCCGACACGGAGGGACCCCCGCCCGGACCCCUCAACCCGCCCACAUGCACCCGCACCAACCCUAUCACGGAGGAGGACGGGGAGGGGACCCCGACUCCCUCUGUCGGCCGUGGAGUCCCCGCAGAGAUGGAGUCUGAGGGAGGCCUCGCCCGGUCCCCCACGGACAACCGUACCUUCAGACCCGCCGAGGACGUCUCGGGCGAGGACCCCCGUCAGACCCUGGCCAAGAGCCAGAGCUCAGCAGGUCUGAGUUACGACUCGGUCAAGUACACGCUGGUGGUGGACCAAGACGCCCAGCUGGAGCUGGUCAGCCUCAAGAACUGUCUCCACGGCGACGACAGCGACGCCGAGACCGUCUACCAGUCAGCCAAUGAGGAGGAGGACCCCGAGUACCGGGAGGAGAGGAGGACGCAGGAGGCUGUGAGGGAGCGAGAGCGCCGCAGUGAAGAGGACCUGAGGAGGAGGAGGGAGGAGGAGGUGAAGCGGAGGAGAGACGUGGUGGCCCGAGUCUGCAAGCACACCAAGGUCACGGCCGCGGCGGAGGAGGAGCCGAGCGGAGGGAGACCUCCGAGCAGCAGGAAGUUCCGCAACCUCUUCGCCAAAGAGAAGAGUCCCUACAGCGCCACCGGCGCCGGUUCCUUCGGGGUCUUCUCCUGCGUCCUGGACGGCGUGGAGCGACAGCAGACUCACCGCGCGGCGUACAGGUUCGUCCCCCGACACGCGGACGAGCUGCACCUGGAGGCCGACGACCCGGUCCUGAUGGUGAGCCGCGGCGAGGACCUGUGGUGCCAGGGCUACAACAUGAGGACCGGCGCCACCGGCGUCUUCCCCGCCUUCUACGCCGUCGCCGUGGCCAAAGACUGCGCCAAAGUCCAAAGAGACGGCGGCGGCGAGGAGUUCGCGGUUGGCUUCCUGGGCUCCGUCCAGGUGCCCAUGCACAAGGGCAACGACGUGCUGUGCGCCGCCAUGCAGAAGGUGGCGCACAACCGGCGGGCGGCAGGCCAGCCUCCGACCUCCUGCGUGCUGGAGGUCAGCGUGAGAGGCGUGAAGAUCAGCGUCCAGGACCCGUGUCAGGCGGCGCACAGGGGCGACCAGUGUUUCCACUUCUUCCAGCUGAAGAACAUCUCCUUCUGCGGCUGCCACCCCAGACACAGCAGAUACUUCGGCUUCAUCACCAAACACCCGGAGCAGCAGCGCUUCGCCUGCCACGUGAUGGUGGCCCAGUCCUCGCUGCACCCCCUGGCCCAGUCUGUCGGAAAAGCCUUCCAGCACUUCUACAAGGAGCACGUCGGCUACUCGUGUCCCACCGAGGACAUCUUCAUCGAGUGACCCCAACCCCCCCUCUCAGCAUGUCGCCCGGGUCCCACAGCAGCCGGGCCGCUGCCCUGUGUGGGUGUUCCCGGCUCCUGCUGCAGAUGGCGCCGUGCCGCCUGUGCUGCAUUCAAGACUGCGGUGAACUCCGACGCCUUCUGUUGGGAGCACGCGGGACGUGACUCGCUUGUGUUGAGUUUCCUUCAGAAGUGGGUUCACUGUCGUCAUGGUCGCAGCAGCUGCCGGUCGAGUCCUCAGAAGUGUGUGUUCAGACUCAGUCGCUCACACGAACAUAGUUAUUCAAGAUGAAGUCGAGACACAACUCUCAUCUACAUUGGACAAACCCACGUGAGCCUGCAGGAGGAACCUUCGCUUCCUCUGCAGUCGGUGCCCGGCUCACCGGCUCCCGGCUCACCUGCUGGACUCGGUGGGACGCGAGCUGUUAGGAAGUAUUCAUCUGCGGUGGAAGGUUGUGUGUUCCAUCCCGGAGACCUUCCUGCAGCAGAGCAGCGGCCCGGACCCAUGACACCCACCCGUGUGUGGUGGAGUCCCGGUCUGUCUGUCUGUCUGUCUGUCCGUCCGUCCGUCCGUCCGUCCGUCCGUCCGUCCGUCCUCUUCACCUGCCCAAGUCUGGUGUCGCGCCCCCAGCGCUUCCGGUCCCGGACACCGACCCAGCAGGUUUGGAUCCGCCCGCGUGUGGCCAGCCCGGCCUCACUGGCUGGACCCAGCUGCGUGGUCAGGUGUGAGCAGGUCCCAGAAGACAAGUCUGUCCCAGAGUCACGCAGGGUUCAGCAGAAGCGCUGGUUGCCUUGGAAACAGCAGGAGUCGACCGCAGGGCCAGUGGUGAUGGAGCUGCUUUAAUCGGGGGAACAGUAAGGACACACGAACAGGUUCCGCCGCGCCACCAGAGGUCGCUGUGACCCGCUGCCCUUCCGUCGGUGUGUAAAUAUAACCUCCGCAUCAAUACAGUAUAUGGAGUCCAGACGUGUCUGAGCAUGACCCGACGCGAAGCACAGUGAUGAAGAUGAUGAUGAUGAAGACUCUUGUGGAUAAAUAAACAUGUUUACAAGCUGACGAGUGAGAAACAGCAGCUGGGUCUCAGGUGUGGAGCGCCUCCUGUUGGCCAGCCGUGAUCACAUGAUGCAG